AUGCGGACCAUUGUUUCGAGCGGCAAUGAUGCGCUGAACCUUCUAUAUGAAGCAGCUAACCACGAGGCUACCAACAGAGAAGAUGCUGGCACGAGCAACGCCGGACUGCCGCAAGCGGCCGACGCUUACUACGGCACGCCCGGCUCGACUUUGUCUGUGGGCACAGCUCCUGUUGCUACAAUGCCUGUGCGUAUCUCCACUGCAUCAUCCGACGUUAUGAGAGUCUGGAAUGCAUGCCGAUUCGUGAGAAUGGGCUGGUUUCGGGCCGAAGAGGCCGUGACCUACGUGGAUCUGUUCUUCCAGAACCUCUCGCCCCUUUCACCGAUCAUCACGGACUUCUACUCGAGGCAUGAGAACCACUUCUUGCUAGUUACUCAAGACCCACUUCUGUGCUGCACCAUUCUCAUGAUCUCAUCACGCUACCAUGUACUUCCGGGAAUUGGCGGUGCUUCGCGAUCAUACUUCAUUCAUCACCGGCUAUGGGAACACUGCCAGCAUCUCAUUAUGAGAAUCAUGCUCGGACAGGAAAAGGCUUCCAAGGCCAAGACUCGGACCGUAGGCUCAGUCGAAGCCUUGCUGCUCAUGUCUGAGUGGCACCCCCGCAGUUUGCAUUUCCCGCCGGCAGCAGAUGGCUGGGACUCAGACCUUAUCCUAUCGGCCGCCGACGACAGGGACGAGGUGCAAUCGCCCAAUCCCUGUACGACAGCUUCCAAAAGCUGGCUUGAGGAUGUCAUUGAGCCAGCGAAGCGCUCGGAUCGCAUGUCUUGGAUGCUCCUUGGAUGUGGGUUGUCAUUAGCCCACGAGCUCGGUGUUUUCGACGAUGACAAUAACGCCAAAGCGUCUGUCGGGGAGACCCAGGCCUAUGUGGAGAGAACCGCACUGCGACGUAUGCGCCUACGUAAGCUGCUGUAUGUGUUCGUUGAACAGCUUGCCUCGCGUCUGGGAUGCACUUCCAUGAUUCCAAAGUCUCUGAACCAUUCAGCGCUGCAAGGCAUCUCAGCUAUAAGUACGUCAUCGUUGAGAGGCGCGGAUCAGGAGUGGCAUUUGUUUAUGACUGCCUGGAUCGACCUCACGAAGCUAGUAAAGUCCAUAUCAGACAUGCUGUUUCCUUCCGCAUCGUUCAGCAGGCAGAUUCUCCGAAACGGACGCUACAUCGGACUACUCGAGCAUUUCCAGCCCCUGUUGUCACAGUGGCGGAAAAAAUACCUGGACCCGUGCAAACUAGGCGACUCUCUUCAGGAUAUGCUUGAUAUUGAGUAUCAGUACGUCCGGAUUUACGCCAACUCACUAGGCAUGCAGGCCGUCGUGGAGCGGACGUUGGAGGAGGCAGACUCGUCCGAGGGCUCCCCUGACGAGGCGCUGGCAAUGUCACUCGACGCAGCGGACUAUGACUUCAUCCAAGAAGUCGUUGAUGGAAGCUGCGCUAUUCUGCAGAAAGUCAUCAAGCUCGCGGAGACCGGAGCGUUACUUUUUUCGCCCGUCAGGAUAUUCCUACGCAUCACCACGUCCGCGAUCUAUCUUCUUAAAGGCCUUAGCCUCGGCGUCUGGACCAAAAAACUGCAAUCCUCUCUCGACAUCCUCGACCGCAGCAUUGUCGCGCUCCGCUCCAGCACGCUGGACGAUAUGCACCUCGCCUCGCGCUACGCCACGCUCCUCGACCUCCACGUCGCCCGUCUGCGGAAAAGCUUCGUCGUCUCAUCGCGGCCGCCUCGCCUGCCCACGCGGCCUCCGUCCGCCGACCGGAUGGUUCACGAUGGGGCCGGUGGGGUUAGUGAUGCACUCGGGACUGAUGUGGCUGAUGGCACGGCGGAUUUUGGCGCGUUCGGUGGCGGUGGGGAUGGAAACGGGGGGGUGGAUGGGAUGUUUGGGGCUGCGGACGAUUGGCUGGCGCUGCCGUUUGAUGCGUCGAUGGCGCCGUUUGCGCCGGGGGAUGUGCCGGGGUUUGAGGACGCGAGGUUGGAUUUCAUUUGGACGUUGCCGCUGUAG